CGACUUCAACUACUCAAGUAAAAAUGGCUUCUUUCCAUGAUGCACGAGAGUAUCGGGGUAAUCAAGGUGAUGAAGAAGGAAUAGAUGUGAUAUCAAUGGAGCCUAUCGCCAUGAUAAUGCCGCCGGAGUUGCAAGAUUCGCCCAAAACCACCACACCGGAGAGUAGCACUAGUUUGAGCACGAGUGGUGGUUCUGAUGACCACCGGCCUUCAACUUCCAGCGAUUCGCCCACGGAAGAGACACCCAGUGAAGCGGAGGGUGUUGAAGUGGUUGGUUGCAAUGCACCGGCGAUGAGUGCAGAAACGGAGGUGGUUGUGUUUGAGGGGUGGGAGAGCAAGGUUAUCAGUGGGCGAUUGGAUAACCUUCGCAAGGCCCCCAAAACCCUACCGGCCGGAUUUAAGUUCAGGGCGGCACUGCAUCACGAAGUUGCAGAUGGUGCAGCCAUAGUGAAGGGGUACAAGAAGUUAGAGGAGAUGGUGAGGCGAUACCAGAUCCCCAAAACCAUCCUGAUCCGAGCUGGGACACCAAACGAAUGGAGGUUGGGGAUGCUCGUGAAGGCGGUGGUCUUCAGGUCACUCUUCCUAUGCCGUCUAUGUCCCUCCACCAGCAAAACGAGAUGGUACUACAUUUCCGGGAGAGAAAAGAUGAUGAUAUUCACCAACAUAAGAAACAAGGUGGCAAGGUGGAAGAGACAAUUCGUCUUCGUUUGCGAUACGCGAACAGAGAGAAUCAAUAACGAGCUUGCCGCCCAUCUGUCAGAGUGGCGUACACCCAACGCAUAUAUGAACUACCCACAGCUAACUGUUGGUGAUGUCGACUUGAAGAACCGGCUGCUCGAUCAUGUAAAGGCAAGGGGUUUGGCGGAUUUGGAAGCCUUGGUUACGUUGGAGCAGAUCGCACUACUUGGGUUUGUCGACGUGGCAAACCUACAUGGUGAAGGAGAAAUGAGCAGCAUAUUGGAAAGGCAACCUCAACGAGCACAAGGCUCGAGGAACCGGGGAGCUGGGUCCGGUUCCCAACAUCAAACCCGCUUUGAUGAGCGACCGUCUGCUACACCGGGCGCAGCUCGUUGCACCAAAGUUCGAGCUCAGCACCAAGACCAUGUGCUGAGCAGAGAGUUGAAACUGCACCCUCGAGUUCAAGAAGGCGCGCACGUGAGGACUCUGACGCAGAGGAUGACAUUCCCCUCAUCCGGCGGAGGACGAGUACGGGAUCACAGCCCGCCCCAACCGUUGCAGCGCAGCUACCAACGUGCCCCAGAUCGGCAACGUGUUAAGGGGCACGUCCAGCAGCAUGGAGGUCAUGCUGCUCUUCUAAAGUUGAUGGAUGCAUUCAGCUACACUGUCGCACUCUUCGAGUGCGAGCAGGGAACGCGGGUGCAAAACUGCGAACUUCAACAGAACUGCAAACAACUGACCUCUGAGAAAUCCAGUUUGGCUGACGAGGUCAGUCGUUUGCAAAGCUCGAAGAUGGUGAACCAAGCGGCGUCAGCUGAAAGCCGAGCUGAUGGGUUGGCCCACAUAGUCAAUGAGCUGAGAGAGGAGCUUGAAAAAGCUCAAGCAGAGAGGGAGAGCGGCAUUCAGGCUGCAAAGGAGAAGGCCGACCGUGCAGAAGACCGGGCCAAGAAGGUAGAGUCUAACAGAGAGAAGACUCUGCACGAGUUGAACGCCCUGAAGGAGAGGGUCGUGGACGCUGAUUUGCACGGGGCAGAGUGGCUGGUGGGAGCAGACAUGUUCCAGGACGUCGUUGCAAUUGCCUCAGCCAAAACCACCACCAACAUUUUCAAUGAAGUUCAUGGGAAGGUGCUGCGACACCGAGCUGACUUCCCCAUAGGCGAGUUGGCCUUCUUCGAGGGCGAGGACAUUGAUGACGAAGGGAAGAGCCUCGCCCCUCCAGCUGACACACAGGAUGUGCCCGUUGAGCCUUCUAGCACUCCCCCAUCUUCUCAGCUCGCCCAGGUCACUGCUCCUGCUCUCUCUCCUCCAGAUCGGUCAUCUCCAACUCGAUCUGCUGCUGCGCCCACUAACGCAUUCAUCCCCGUUGACCUGACGGAUGAUUAGCUUAGGAUUUUUGUUGUUUCUUUCAUAUUAUUUUUUGUAUUUUUGUAUAGAUCAAUGAACUCAUUCAUAAUAUGUACUUCACAUGUAAAAAUCAUUGAUGAAAUACAAAGUUGAAUCUUUUCUUUUGAAAUUUCUAUGUUGAGUUUUCUGUACAUUGUCGUUUACAAUUGAUCAGUAAUAACCUGAACAAAGUAAU